AUGGGAAAGACGUCCGGUGGUCGGCCCGAGCCAGGAGUACGCUUGCACAGAAUAAAUAAUCGCAGGGAGUCGGGCGUGUCGUGGGGUCGCCGCGGCCGCGGGGUCGGCGGGGGGCGCGGCGCGAGCGGCGCGAGCGCUUGGCGGCGGCGCGAGCGCCUCGCGCAGUCUCGCAGGCCCAUGGAGAUCCUCACCAGCCUCUAUGCGCUGCUUUCUGGCGGGCAAGGUGUUAACCCGAAGAUCGACUCCGUAGCCUUUCGGCUACACUGCGGGGCCACGACCGCGGCGUUGCUGGCGGCGAGCGCGGCACUGACUACGCGCCAUCUUGUGGGCAACCCUAUAGACUGCAUACACACAAGGGACAUCCCGGAAGACGUGCUGAACACGUACUGCUGGAUCCACUCCACCUUCACGGUGGCGGGCGAGGCGGGUGCCUACCCUGGCGUGCGCGGCGCCGGGACUUCCCCGCGCCGCUACGGCAAGUACUACCAGUGGGUCGCCUUCAUGCUGUUCCUACAGGUCAGUGCUUGA